AUGGAGCCUUCUCCCCUCACUCAGCAAGCUCGACCUGAGGUCUUCCAGCAAAAGAUAGUGGAGCUCUACGAGGCACUAUUCAAGGAUGAAGACGAUCACGAAAAGUCCGAAGGCUUCUGGAGGGAGUUCUUCCUGUUACGACCAGACAAGGCCACCUUACAGCAAAUUUUGGAUGGGUCGGGUCCAGACGACCUCCUGCAUCUACAGGCGCAGACACGGCAGCUAUUUCUGAGGGCAGUAGGUUGUAUUAAAGCAGGAAGCGCUCCGGCAGAUGCCCAUGCUCUUGAUACCGUCACAGCCUUUUUGGCCUCGGUGUUACCAAAGAAAUACACCAAUCCGAGUUCCGACAUAAUAAAUGUUCUUGCAGGGCUAGACGAGGUCGAUGCUGUCUUCACGGACUUUGUUGCUGCGCUGGACGUAACUAUAAAGACUGGGCGAACGCCAGUGGACAUUCGACAAAAAGCUAUCGAGGUAGCAUUAGCUGUUGUCUCCGGCGCAUACCAAACAAGUCUUCUUUCAUAUUUCACACACCGCGACCUCUUCCCUUCUCUCAUGAAAUUUAUACAAGAUUCAGAUACCACCUCGCGAGCGUUCGAGCCAUUUACCCUUCUUGGUCUUUUAGCAAAUUACAACAAAUUCGAAUUCCAAAAUCCCUACAGAUUACGACUAGAUGACUUCGUCAAUGAGGGAACAAUACAGAAGAUAAUUAGAUCUGUAGGGUAUACAUGCGCCAAUUCACGAGCAAAAUAUGUAGCAGUUCAGGAGGAUCUCCCAGAAGGAUGGACUAUCAGCAACACACUCAGUAUGAUAGGAUUGGGCUCAAUCGCCCCGGGGGCAAAGAACGCGCCUCCUGUUAUUGACCCAGAGGUUGCGAAGGAGAUGUUUGCAAAACUACCAGGCAACGAAGCCGCAAUUCUACUAGCAACAUACGAUUUUGCCCAUGCAAACAAGCUAUUUUGCUUCAAUUUUGUAUCGCUACCAGCGGAAAAAGGUGCUGAAGCCCCUAUUGGCGCCUUUAUCUCACUCACCUCAUACUUACUACAACACGCCCAUUCCUCUGUCCGAACUAGCCUAUAUUCACAUCUAAACCUUCUUAUUUUGAGACUUCUGAUAGAAGAUCAGAUACUGUGCAAGCGGAUAUGUAGCGACGAGAGCAAAAUGUCCGUGAGACUAUGCCGGCAACGAUCGCCAUAUUUGCCCCCGGUAAGAGGGGAUAGAAUGCUAGCAGCGAGUAUCCUAGACACCAUGAUCGAUGGCAUCAACCACAACCUUCGACGGCGUCUUGAUGUAGACUUUUACAUCCUCUGUGUCGGUAUCAUCUUACGACUCAUAUCUCACCUAUCUCGUUCUCGAACUCGGCUUAACUAUCACUGGUCUGAGCUGUUCAGAUCUCUUCUGGCUCUCGUACGAUUUCUCAACACCUACACCUCUGAUUUGAAGCAUCUCAACAACAUCAACGUCCUUCUCGACGAUCUUGUGAACUUGAUCGCUUUAUCCCUCUCUGCAGGAGAGGCAUUUCUUCCAAGCCCUGCAUCUUAUGACGAUCUCUUCUACAAGCUGGUUGAAACUGGCGAAAUAUUGGUGAAAUUCCGCGACAAUUAUGACCUAGCAAAGCGACCGACGAGUUCCAUAGAAACGCUCAUUAGCGUGAAUACGCACUACAAGCAACUCUUAGAGGAUGGGGCUUCGAAGAGGGGAGGAAAACACUUGACAAAUGCCCAAGUAUCUGGGGUCAUCAAGCAGGGCUACGAGACUUUGAGCAUCCAAGCUAAAGAAGGGCUGGACAGCUGGGAGAGGUAUCGAGAAGCGGACAAGAAGGUGUUCUUAAAGAAGAUGUCAAAGGCAGCCGUUGCAGACGUCAAGACCUUGGUGAGUGAGAAUUGA